AUGGCCUUCCUGACUGGUCUCGUCAGAGAAGCGACGACCACAGACACCAUGAGUGCACUGGUUGCUAUCGGCGAAGUAGAGUCACGACACAACACUUGGGCUCUUAUCGACGUUUGGAAUUCGAACCCGUUCUCUGGUCCUGCUGAUACCGUCUUUCCCUACGCGAACGAAAUCCUUGACCUUACGCGCCAAUAUAUUGUGCCUGGCAGCUGCCCUGCCGCCAACCCACCGUAUCCAUUGCCUACGAAAAACUUACCCGCAGCGACCGCUGUUAUUGAGAAGGCAGAAGGGCUCGUUGAGAUUCAGUUUACCGAUCCUCACAACCAACCUGACUGGUACUCUGAGCAAAGGGACAGACAAUAUUAUGCCGUCUACUUCCACGGCGUCCAUAACAUCACCAAGCCAUUCGAUACCAAGACCAACACUUCGACUUACCCAUCCGAUCUUGAUGCCGGAGAAGGAAUCAUCGUUGCGGUGAUCGCGAACGAAGUCGGUGCUCCGACUCUAGACAGCGUUGUUGCUGGUCCAGCGUUGAUCAUCGAGCAGCCUGCUUUCUAG